AUGAACAAGAUCCUCUCAACCACUCUUUGUUUCGGACUCUUAACUUUAUCUGUAAUGUUCUUUUUAGAAUCUGUGCAUGGGCUGCCAUAUUUUAUCCAAGGAAAUGAAUUGUUUCCAGAUAAAGGAGAUACAGAUCGCGAAGAACUAUUGCUGGCUCUACUGAAUAAAAAUUUUGAUCUCCAAAGACCUUCCAACACUGAUAUAGAGCUGGCUAACAAAUUGGAAGAACUUAACCAGCUGGAAAAACUGAAAGAGCAGCUCAUGGAGGCAAAGGAUGCUGAGAUGUCUUAUGCUAUAGGUGGUCUAUCUUCUUCCCAUCCUAAUAAGCGAGCUUGCUUUUGGAAAUACUGUGUCUAAAGUUUUUCCUCUGGAUGCCAAAAAAGAUAAGAACAUUAGACAAAAUUAUAUAUCUACUCACUUUACUGCUUAAAGAUUGUAGCUAUUUCAAGCAUAAAGAAACGGUGGCAGAAUUUAUUAUUAAAUAAUAUUACAGCAUAUUACAUGCUUAAAACUUAUGUUGUGAAUAAUGAUGACAAAUCAGUUGCACUUUUGAAUGGCAUGGGACGAUCAGAAUGGCUUUGUAGACCUGAAGUUGGGAGUGCUGUUAUCUAUUGUAUGCUUUUCAUAAAUUCAUUGUCUACAUAUAGUUUUGUCCAGAGAUGACUAGGCUGUUGAGCUAUCAAUUAAAAUAUUUUAGACAGUGUCUUUGAAAAUUAAAUUAUAUUGUCCCAAUUUAUAUGAGAAAUUAUAUUUUAUUAAAUUUAUUUAAAAUAUUUUAGAAAAUGUCUUGGAAAAUUAAAUUAUAUUGUCUCAAUUUAUAGAAAAUGUGCAUCAUUGUCUUUUCUCUUUUUUUGUGAUUAUGCUGGCUACUAUCUCUUUUCUGUUCAUCAGGACAAUUGUCACUGAGACUACUACAACCAAAUGAAUACAUUACUAAGAAGCAGAAAUCUAUUGUUUAUCGAACUCUAGGAGAAAGAUGUAUUAGAAGUUUCAGAGAUAGAUAUUAAGAAAAUUUUUGUACAGAACAAUUUGCUUUUGGGUCCUUUAAUUCUCAUCUCUGCCUCCUCCACAAUAUCAGAAAUUAUUUGAGGUUCUCAGCAUGUCUGUGAGAGACUAGACUCAGUGUACCAAAAACGUCAAGUAAAACAAAACAAAAACUCAUUGGAUUUUCCUUCAUUUUUUCCCCCACGUUUUCACAUCAAACUGCUCUUGUUUACAUCUCGUCUGAGCAAACUUAUUUAAUCAAUUCAAGGCUGGGAAUCCAAUUUCAUUCUUGUUUGCCACCUGUUGUGGCACAGAAGCAUAGUCGAAGUAACUUUAUAAUUAAAGAACAUCAAUGACUAGCUGGCCAGAUGAGCCUACUGGCAUUCCCUUACGUCACAGAACAGGGGAAAUGCAGUUUAUCUACAUGAUGUUAAUUGUGUGGUGCUUAAAGAUAAGACUAUCUCAUGAGCUAGAAUGAACAAUAUUGCUUAAGCUAAAAAAAAAUUAAAAAAUACAUGAAACUGACCAAGUUGAGUAACAUGCCUGUAGUGCUUUAAAUACACUUGUUAGGAGCCACUUAAAUGUACAUAAAUAUUCAUUGCUCAAUAAUGCCUGAAUGUUCCCACGUAUUUACACCUGUUGUGAACAUAAAUUAUGAUAUUAUCAUAAAGAAAACAAAACUCCUGUUUUCAUCAUCUCACGUUUAUUAACUUUGGAGCAGUUGAACAAUAUUUAUGCAUUUGUAAACUUUAGGGGUAAUGUCAUUCAAAAAAGGUUUUGAUACUUCUUCCUUUUAGAGAAAGUCAUCUGUUUAUAAUUUGUUUUCUUUUUAUAAUUUGCUUUAAGAAGUUUAAUUCCCUAAAGAUAUCUGUAGAUUAAAGGUAGAAUUUGCUAGAUAUUUUUUUUGUGUAUGUAACCAGGAAUUAAUAUCCCCCAUGAAAAACUGGUUAUAUAAUUAACACCAGAACUCAGAAAUCCAUAUUCACAGUUUGCUGUAUGAAGCUUUUUACAGGAACAAAGAAAAAUAAAAAGUAAUCUAUUUCUUUGAAACUAAAUGAAAAGUCCCUUUAAGCUGGUGACUUUCAAUGAAAUAUAGCUGGAUUUAGUAAUAUACAAUGGGUUAUACAAAUAGAUGAGAUGAUUCGUCAUGUUCUUAACAGAAAUUAUGUCUUAAAUUUCCUGCUAUGUUAAAAGGAUGCCUUAUUUUAAA